UCUCAUAGUGAAGUUUAUUAUACUAAAGGGCUAGGAAAAGAAAGUCAACAUCUCUAGACUAAUAGAAUGCAUUUUCAGUAUUCGUGGAUGACUCGAAUUUUUAAAAAUAAUUUCCUGGUAUUAGCUAUAUAUACUCCUUCUUUCGUUCAGGUGAUACCACAAAGUAAGAGGACCUCCAGCUCUACGGGCGCUCACAGAUGAAGGUUCUCAAAUUUCGAAAGCAUCUCUGCUCCGCUGCGCCUGGCCCUACGCAACCGGAAAAAGGGCAUCGGAGCCGGAAGCCGAGGUCGGCGGCCGGAAGUCAUGGUCCGCAGCCGAAGGCCCUAAUUCCGCGGCAGUUGUGGCGGUUACGGCGGUUCUGUACCCAGCAUACGAAUGGAGGCGGCCCAGGAUCACGGGCCGGGGUUGUGCUGCAAGCCCGGCGGGCGUCUGGACAUGAGCCACGGCUUCGUACACCACAUCCGUCGGAACCAGCUCGAUCGGUACCGCCCCGCCCCAGGCCCGGCCCGGCCCGAUUCGGCCGGGUGACAGCGCCUGACUCCCGCUCGGCUCCCCGCAGGGACGACUACGACAAGAAGGUGAAGCAGGCGGCCAAGGAGAAGGCGAGGAGGCGCCACACGCCCGCGCCCACGCGGCCCCGCAAGCCAGACCUACAAGUGUACCUGCCGCGCCACCGAGAUGGCUCCACCCACCCCGUGAACCCAGACUGUGAGGAAGCCAGUGAAAGCAGCAGUAGUGGAAGCUCCGAGCUAGAGCCUCCUGGCCGCCAGCUCUUCUGUUUAGACUAUGAGGCGGACAGUGGCGAGGUCACUUCAGUUAUUGUCUAUCAGGACGAUGAUCCUGGAAGGGUGAGUGAGGCAGUAUCAGCACACACACCUCUGGAUCCAGCCAUGCGGGAGGCCCUCAGAUCGCGAAUCCAGGAGGAACUUGCAAAACGCCAGAGCCGGCACUGACGGGGCGGAGGCAGGAUUCACUGCACUUGGCAGAAUUUUGCCCAAGGAGCUCACCCCUAGUUUGGGGGGUGUCAGGAUGAGUCCAUGUGAUCUUCAGGGAGCCUGUCCUCCUUCUCUAAGCUGCUGUAUCCACAAAGGUCUUGCAGGACCACAUCUGACCUGUCUCUCAGCAGCCAUUUUUCUUGUCUCAUUCAUCUAACCUAACAUUCUGGAAUUUUAUGACAGCUUUGGCUAACUUGGUGUUUUGGGAGCAGAGACUUUAGGGAGAGCCAGGCUUUCUGAAGCUUUUGCCUGUGUGGUGCUGUCUUGAUGAGGUCGUUUGUCAGGCCCCUUCAUGUUUCUGCUUUCUUCCACUCAUCUUUGCCUAGGCCUGUUUUCAGCUGUCACUUUUCCUUUCUCCUAUCUUUUUGCCUUAGGUAGAAUCUAUGUCCCCCACCCCCAGCAUGACUGUUUCUCUGCCACUCAGGAAUUUAGCAUGGGACUUCUGGGAGCCUGCCUUCCUAACAAGGUCUCCAAGUACUUCUGAUGCCAAUAAACAGGAGAGCUUUGGUUUUGAGGCCUCUUUGGAAGCACAUGUCCUUCCCCUUUUGUGGCUUGCCCAAGCUCCUCAUAGGCCUCACUGCUUAAAACUGUCUACGUAGGAGACCCAGGAAGAAGAUGCUGAGCUAAGCUGCAGUCCUUAGUUGAAAAACCUGUCCUGCUACUCGUGGUGGCACAUGCCUUUAGUCCCAGUACUCAGGACUCAGGAGGUAGAGAUGGGUAGAUCUCUGUGAGUUCAAAGCCAGCCUGGUCAUAUCAACACAUCUAGUUCCAGGACAGACAGUGGUUGAGAGAGCCUAUCUCAAAACAAAACAAAAAAAGAAGAAGAAGAAGAAGAUGAACCCGCCUUGGCUAGGCUUACCAAAUUCACCAUCUAGCUGUAAAGCAACUACCUUCUGCUCAGACUAAAGGGGAAUUAUCAAAGCAGUCUUAAAAGUAACUCUUCAAUUGUAGUUUAGCAAUCUUGAAUGAAUGAAGUUGAGAGAGUUGACAAUAGCUAUAAUUGUUCUGGGGCAGGAGGGCUCUAGUUGCAAAAAAGAGAGAGUUGUGAAGAACAUCACAGAGGAAGUGAAAUGGCCCUUUCUCUGCCCCAUGCUUUCUUUCCUACCUCCCAAGAAUAUGUCUGAGCCUGAUGAGACACACUUUAACCCCAGCAUGAAAGAGGCCAAAGUAUGAGGACUGCUGCAAGUUAAAGACCAACCUAAGCUGUCUCAAGAAAAAACUAAAUAAAUGUAACUUAGGUCCUUUGGGUAAAGAUCCCCAGACAUAGCAUUUUUCCAACGGGGGACAUGUUUUUCAACACAAGCUUAGGCUAAGGUCUGAAGUCCACAAGACAUCCUGUUCACAGAAUUCAGGUGCACCUACGAUUUCCUGACAUAGGAACCUAACUUCAGCAUCUUGAAACAUGAAUCAUAAAACAGCCUACAAGCCCUGAGACUGCCCACAACCAAACCUCCUACCCCAGGGCUUUGUCUUCUAGGAUUUCAAGAUCAUUCUGACUGUAUGAGUUCAGUAGCUUUCUCUUCAGGGACACUUGCGAUCCCUCCUGUGUUUUAUCCCACUCUGCUGAAAACAUGUAAUAUAGUUGGCCAUCUGCUUUACGCCAUUAAAACAGUGAGUCACAGCUUGCCAUGCCAGAACUCUGGGACUUGAGUUAGGUGGUAAGUUAGAAGGGCCUGGUUCUAGAGGUGGCCGGAGACCUGAAUGCUCUAAACCAGGAGAGCUGGUCUCAGGGUUCAGUGCCUUAAGCAUUGUCAGUCCUAAUCCCAGGAUGCUGUCAAAGGGAAAAGCCUUCAUCCUGUACUUGUGCACUAGUGCUGUAAGUGCCUGUGGACUUACAUGGUUAGAUACCAUCAGAGCCUCCCGGGUGAAGGAGGGUCUGCCAAACUCCAUGCUCUUCAUCCUGCAAGUCACUAUAGUCUCCAGUUAAUCAGUCCAUAUUCUGACUUGAAACACAGGAUUCACUGGAACGCUGGUCGGGACAAAGAACAUUGGAACUUUUUGGGGGUCUGUGUUCUUAGAGCUGUGCUUCCUAUAUCCUGAUUCUGUUAUUGAACCAAAAAACACCUGAAGAAUCUGAGGACCCGACACCUACAAAUUUGCCGUUAUUCCCACUUCUUGAUGAAGGAAUAGCUAGAUGAACAAAGUGUUCUGCAGAGGCCUUUUAUGUGUUUAUGUGGUCCUCAAAGACCUCAGAUAGGAGACUGGUGGAAACUUCUCUAAGUUCUUUUUCCAGAAGCACUUUGCUUAUCAGUGUGUAUGAAAGAUUUUCUAGCUAAGAAAGCUCUCUUGAUUCUUGCUAGUUUAUCCUGUAUGACUACCUAAAGCCCCAAGCCUGUGCCUAAAUGAAGAGUGGUCAUUCUGAGCCAGCCUGUUAGAGCUGAUGUUUCUAGGCCUCCUCCCUAAAAUGCCUCUUGGGGCUGCCCUCAGCCUUAUGGCUUAGCUUGAUUGCUCUGCUGGCCUAUUCUGGGGUCUGUAAUAAUACUGGCCAGUUUAUUUGGCAGACCUGCUUCCAGAUAGAUGUCUCUUAACCUAUUUCAAAACUCACGGGCCAUAGUGAGUUCUCAGAACUGCCCAGUGUUUUUGCACAGUAGGCAGGACUUAACUACAAACUGCCUCAGAAUCAACAUUCAUUUGAAUAGAUAAGUUCUUAUCUGUCUUUUGUGUGUGUGUGGGGGGGGGGGAGAUGGGGGCAAGGGAGACUGGGCUACAGGUAUGACGGUACAUGCCAGUAAUCCCAGCAUUUGAAAGGCUGAGAUAAAAGGUUUGCCCCAUGUCCCAGAGGCAGGAAGGUCUUUUAGUUUGAGGCCAGCCUUAUCUACAAAGCAAGUUCCAGACAACCAGGACUAUGUAGAGAGACCCUGUCUCAAACCCCUACCCCCAUUUCUUUCUUUCUUUCUUUCUUUCUUUCUUUCUUUCUUUCUUUCUUUCUUUCUUUCUUUCUCUCUCUCUCUCUCUCUCUCUCUCUCUCUCUCUCUCUCUCUCUCUCUCUCCUCUCCUCUCCUCUCCUCUCCUCUCCUCUCCUCUCUCUCCUCUCUCUCUCUUCUCUUCCUUCUCCUCUUCUCUCUCUCCCCUCUCUCUCUUCUCUCUCUGGAAUGGUUUUUUCCCCUCAGUUCUUAACUAGAAUUAAGCCUGUAUUUUACAGUUUUGUGAUUCCUGAACUGAGUAUAUAUUAUUUAUAAGAGAGAAUUGGUUUUGCAAGGGGGUUUGGGCUGUGCAAGAAUAAUGAUAAAAACUGGGGUUGUACCCCACUGACAAGCAUGAAUGACUUUGAAGAGUGUGGAGCAAGAAGGGAAAAGAUAUAUAAGUGUAUAUGAUGAGAAUAAAGUAUAUACUGGCUGCAGUCUAGCCAGCAGGGGUGGAUCUAAAAUAAAUGUGAAAGAACAUUCCAUCUCUCUGAUCAUCUGGGGUGCAUUGCUAACUAGAGAGCAGCCCAGACAGGUGGGAAGCUCUUUGGGUGGUGAGUAUCUAGCCUGCUGUGUGUUUGACAAGACCUGUGUCAGGGUGGUGCUUCCCAGAUAACUCGAAUUUAAAUGAGACCUUUGUAUAAUGAGCAUUCGACUUUCCUACCUCUGAGCCUUUUGAAGAAAUUGCAUAUGGAAUGUUGACAGUUAUUUGAAACCUUAACUCUUUUGAAUUCCUGAGGAGCUGUUGGCAUCCAGCCCAAAUUUCCUUGGUGUUAGAGUACUGCUAGAAGUGAAAGCCUUCCUAGUUAGGGGUUCCUCCUUUCCCAGAGCAAACAGAACAAGAGGUUGGGAAUGGUGGUGAACAGCUCAAGAGACAGAGAUAGGAGGAUCACUGUAUGUUUGAGAGUAGCCUAAGCUACACAGCAAGCAUCAGCGUGUCCUGGCUAUGUCAUGGUGCUAAAUGCAGAAAAAGCCAUACAUUCUUUUUCUCAUUUCCAGUGUUUCUGUAUAAAAAAAUGAAUUAUGCAAACUGUUUGAAAAUCAUGGACGGUACUUUUUAAACCAAUAAACUAUUUUUACAGCA